UGGAUCUUUAUGAAGAGAAAAAGAUGAUUUAUCCCUCCCUGGGCAUCGUCCCUGCUCACAUAAUCCAACGACAGCAUCACCUUUGCCCAACCACACAUAAAAGCUCUAUCGAUCGGCCUGCGUGGAAGCCGUGUUUGACCUGUCUUCCCUGUCCUGGAGACCAGUGCUUUUCGCACCAUGGUCGUAUCCGAGCCAGCAUCGGCAGCAUUUCAUGAUGGUGUAUGCAUCUAAACCACAUCUUUCUCUCAUGGCUGGUCGGGCCCCACUGGUCCGUGAGAUCUUUGCCCUCCCCACCUACACGCAAUAAAUGGCUUCAACUACAUAGCAUGAAACCGUCUUCAGCUUGUUGUGUCACGUACGGUGCACAGGCUUGUAUCAAGUUGAGCUCGGAAAGUUCGGUGGGGGGGUCUUCGAUCGAGUGCGGAAGAGAGUGGAAGGGAAGGCAUGGCAUGGAGAGGGUCCACAACCCACACAACCAACCUUCCAACUAGCAACAGUUGCAGCCGAAGCCGAUGCCACCUUAAAGCUUGCGUUGGAUGUUCUGUGGAGUCAUCGGAAUCUUUUGCUUGUUGACAUCAAUCAUAGUGCCGACAUCCUUUCGCCUUCGACCCCAGCGAGAGUCUUCCAAGAUCCAAACAAAACCAGAACUUGGUGUGGAGAAAUGACGAGGUGAACCAUGGCAGGAAGCAGCUGCUUCUAAUACUCGACCAGCGUGCCCUGCAGCGGGUGGAGAGCUUCAUCGCUUCUCUAGGCCGCGCACUGAGAUGGGGACUCUCGUCUUCCUCCUGUUCGUGUUCCUGGCGAGUCUUCAAACCAGUUCAGGAAGCACAGAUGCCCAAGAUGCUGCUGCUCUACUUUCGCUGAUGACGCAGUGGCAGAACACACCUCCAAGCUGGGGGAAGACGGACGAUCCUUGCGGAACACCAUGGGAAGGAGUCCGGUGCAGCAAUUCCCGAGUGACAAGCCUGACGCUGUCAACCAUGGGUAUCAAAGGUACACUAGGAGACGACAUCGGGCAGCUCAGUGAAUUGAAGAUCUUGGAUCUGUCCUACAACACGAUGCUUGGCGGAACGCUCACUCCAAAUAUUGGGAACCUGAUGGAACUCACCAUUCUGAUCUUGGUGGGAUGCAGCUUCAACGGGAACAUCCCAGACGAACUAGGAUCGCUAGGAAACCUCUCUUACUUGGCUUUGAACUCGAACCAGUUCACCGGUAGCAUCCCAGCUUCCCUGGGCAAGCUUUCCAAUCUGAACUGGUUCGAUAUCGCAGACAAUCAGUUGACGGGGCCUCUUCCGAUCUCCACCGAAACAUCACCAGGCUUGGACCAGCUCGUCCGCACGCAGCAUUUCCACUUCAACAAGAACCAAUUAUCAGGUCCCAUCCCAGAAAAACUCUUCAGUUCUGACAUGACAUUGUUACAUGUGCUUUUCGACGGCAACAACUUCACCGGAAAAAUUCCAGAUUCCAUAGGCCUCGUUCAGAAAAUUCAGGUCCUUCGAUUGGACAGGAAUGCUCUAAGCGGUCCGGUCCCUUCCAACAUUAACAAUCUUACCCACGUCAAGGAACUAAACCUAGCAAAUAACAGGUUGACAGGUAUGAUGCCAAAUCUGACUGGCAUGAAUAGCCUCAACUAUGUGGAUUUGAGCAACAACACAUUCGACGCAUCAGAAACCCCAGCCUGGUUCUCGGAACUGCAAUCUCUGAGAGCUCUAGUGAUAGAAUCUGGAGGACUUUAUGGAGAGGUACCGAAAGAGCUGUUCAGCUUCACUCAACUGCAGCAAGUGAUACUUGAUAACAAUGAAUUCAACGGAACCCUUGACAUGGGCAAUAGCAUCAGCCAGCAAUUACAAAUCGUAAAUUUCAAAAAUAAUAAGCUUACAGGAGUUGCACAUGACGCCAGUUAUGAUAGAACUCUCAUUCUCAUAGGAAAUCCUCUAUGCGAUUGGCUCUCCAUGACAAAAUUUUGCAGUCUUCGACAAGAGCCAGCAAUUCCUUCUUAUUCAACCAGUCUUGCCGAAUGUGCAGCGAACUUGUGUCCCCCAGAUCAGAGUCUCAACCCACAAAAUUGCAAAUGCGUCUACCCAUAUGAGGGAGUGAUGUUUUUCAGAGCACCUCUAUUCCGAGAUGUGACAAACAGCACACUGUUCCAAUCAUUGGAGAGCAGCCUGUGGAAAAAACUUGACCUUCCUCCUGGAUCAGUGUUUCUUCAAAACCCCUUUUUCAACAAUGACUCUUACCUGCAGGUACAAGUUAAAUUUUUCCCAUCCAGCGGAAUGUACUUCAACAGGUCUGAAAUUCUACAGAUUGGAUUCAAAUUGAGCAAUCAAAUAUACAAGCCGCCUGAAAUUUUCGGACCUUACUAUUUCAAAGCAUUCCAAUAUCCUUUCCCAGGCGUUGAAGGAAAAUCUCCAAUAGCUAUUGGCUUGAUCAUUGGAAUAGCAGUUGGUUGUGCACUUCUGGUUAUUGGACUUCUUCUCAUAACAAUCUAUGCCUUGAGACAAAGGAAACAGGCUCAAAGGGCCAUAAAACUAAGCAAACCAUUUGCAUCGUGGGCACACAGUGGUGAUGAAAUUGUUGAUGCACCACAAUUGAAGGGAGCAAGAUGGUUUUCGUACGAUGAACUUAGAAGAUGUACCGAUAACUUUUCAGUGUCUAAUGAAAUUGGGUCUGGAGGGUAUGGAAAGGUCUACAAGGGAAUGCUUCCAGGAGGGCAAGUAGUUGCAAUCAAGAGGGCACAGCAAGGAUCAAUGCAAGGUGGGCAUGAAUUCAAGACUGAAAUUGAGUUGCUAUCCAGGGUUCAUCACAAAAACCUGGUGGCUCUAGUGGGCUUCUGCUUUGACGAAGGGGAGCAGAUGUUGGUAUAUGAAUUCAUUCCAAAUGGAACAUUAAGAGAAGGCCUCUCUGGAAAGAGUGGGAUACUACUUGACUGGAGGAGGAGACUUCGAAUCGCACUGGGUUCAGCAAGAGGAUUGGCUUAUCUUCAUGAGCUUGCUGAUCCUCCAAUCAUCCACAGGGAUGUUAAGUCAAGUAACAUCCUACUGGAUGAAAAGUUGAAUGCAAAGGUUGCAGAUUUUGGUCUCUCAAAGCUAGUAUCAGACAACGAGAAGGGGCAUAUUUCUACUCAAGUAAAAGGAACAAUGGGUUAUCUUGAUCCAGAAUACUACUUGACACAACAGUUGAGUGACAAAAGUGAUGUUUAUAGCUUUGGAGUGGUUAUGUUAGAACUGAUGACUGCUAAACAACCACUUGAGAAAGGAAAGUACAUUGUCCGUGAGGUGAAGAUGGCGAUAGAUGCAGAUGAUGAAGAAUUCUAUGGUUUAAAAGAGUUGAUGGAUCAUGCAAUCCAAAACGCAGCUUAUCUCAUAGCUUUCAGGAAGUUUGCAGAGUUGGCCUUGAGGUGUUUAGAAGAGUCAGCUGGAGAUCGUCCAUCAAUGAGUGAUGUUGUGAAGGAAAUCGAGAUAAUGUUGAAUGCUGAUGGUCUAAGUACAAACUCAAAUUCAGCAUCUUCAUCUGCCACAGAUUUUGGAUAUGCAAAAGGCGUUCCGAAACAUCCUUACGAUUCUCAUUCUAGAAAGGAUGUUAGCAGCAGCAAUUCUUUUGAAUACAGUGGUGGAUACACAUUCUCAACAAAACCUGAACCCAAAUAACAAGGGAUCUCCAUUUCCAAUUAUCUUUUUUAUUUUUGUAUUUGGACAGUACAUAUUCCUCGAAGUGUCAAUGCAUUGCAGAACUACAGAAAAAGAAAAUUCUCAGCCUGCAGGUAACAUUCCAA